CGACAGUCGAGAGCUAAGGUCUGUACUUGAAGAAAUCCCCGCCACGUGUUUCAACUCUGUUUCAGAGUUCAGAGUACAACCGCUGGCAGAUACUCACCUUCUGUCCUCUGCUAAAUAAUCAUCAUUGUAAUGUACAGUUCAUAAAGGAAGGGUACCCCCCAAAAUGUCAUCUUUGGCCAUGAUGGGCCAAGCAGGAGCACAGAGACUCGCGGCAGGAACCUGGAGAAGAUUCAUGAAGGACAGCAGAUGUUUCACUACCUCAGCUUCUCACCGGAACGCUUCAUCCUCACCUGCAGCCAAUCAGAAAACCCCGUCCUAUAGCUACGUGGUUGUUGGGGCAGGGUCAGCAGGUUGCGUCCUCGCCAAUCGCCUGACAGAAGACGCCCAGGAGUCCGUGUGUCUGUUGGAGGCCGGACCCAAGGACAAGUGGCUGGGAAGCUCCCGACUCUCGUGGAAGAUCCACAUGCCAGCCGCGCUGACCUACAACCUCUGUGAUGACAAGUAUAACUGGUUCUACCACACGUUACCUCAGGCCCACAUGGACAACAGGGUGCUGUACUGGCCCAGGGGUCGAGUCUGGGGAGGGUCCUCCUCACUUAAUGCCAUGGUUUACAUCCGUGGGCACGCAGAGGACUACAACCGCUGGCAGAGAGAGGGUGCAGAGGGAUGGGACUAUGAGCAUUGUCUGCCUUACUUCAGAAAAGCUCAGUGCCAUGAACUGGGAGAAAACAGGUACAGAGGUGGCAGCGGUCCUCUUCAAGUGUCCAGAGGAAAGACCAAUCAUCCCCUGCACAAGGCUUUUAUCUACGCAGGCCAGCAGGCAGGAUAUCCGUUCACUGAUGACAUGAAUGGAUACCAGCAGGAAGGUGUUGGCUGGAUGGACAUGACCAUCUACCAAGGGAAGAGAUGGAGCUCUGCCAGCGCCUACCUCAGACCUGCACUGGGUCGGCCCAAUCUGAAGACGGAGGUGCGCUGCAUGACCACCAAGAUCUUGUUUGAUGGGAAGCGUGCUGUGGGGGUGGAGUACGUGCAGAACGGAGAGAAAAAGAGAGUGUUUGCAGAUAAAGAAGUGAUCUUGAGCGGAGGAGCCAUCAAUUCCCCUCAGCUUCUCAUGCUGUCUGGUGUGGGAAAUGCGGACGAACUGAAAGACCUCGGUAUUCCCGUCAUUCAGCACUUGCCAGGUGUUGGCAAUAAUCUGCAGGACCACUUGGAGCUGUACGUCCAGCAGCAGUGCACUCAGCCCAUCACCUUGUACAAGGCGCAGAAACCUUUCCACAUGAUCAAGAUUGGCCUCGAGUGGCUCACUCUUUUUACCGGCUACGGAGCUACAGCCCACUUGGAGAGCGGCGGGUUUAUCCGCAGUCGACCUCACGUCACACACCCCGACAUUCAGUUUCAUUUCCUGCCUUCACAAGUUAUUGACCACGGCCGAGUUUCCUCAAAGAUAGAAGCGUAUCAGGUUCAUGUUGGACCAAUGAGAAGCACUAGCAUCGGCUGGAUGAAGCUGAAAAGUCCCAAUCCCAUGGAUCACCCAAUUCUCCAGCCAAACUAUCUCUCCACUGAUAUCGAUGUGUGGGAAUUCAGGGAGUGUGUCAAACUGUCCAGAGAAAUUUUCGCUCAGAGUGCCUUCGACCCGUUCCGCGGCCCCGAGGUCCAGCCCGGUCUCCAGGUCCAGUCGGACGCCGACAUUGACGCCUUCGUCCGCCGGAAGGCCGACAGCGCCUACCACCCGUCCUGCACCUGCAAAAUGGGCUCCGCCUCCGAUCCGACGGCGGUGGUGGACUCGAGGGCUCGCGUCCUCGGUCUGGAGCGACUGCGGGUGGUCGACGCGUCCAUCAUGCCCAGCAUCGUGAGCGGGAACCUGAACGCCCCUACCAUCAUGAUGGCGGAGAAGGCAGCCGACGUGAUCAGAGGUCGCCCUCCUCUGGUGGAGCCCGGGGUCCCAGUGUACCGGCCCCCGACGCUCGAAACGCAGAGAUGAUCGGCCGAUUCGGUGAUUUAACUAUAACGACCUCUGAGAUGGGAACGCCAGGGAAUUUAAUCAACAAAAAUCAAAAAAUGUGACUUAGUUUUGUUUAACCUAUGAUUCGCUUACACUCUUUUUCAACUCCACAAAUAACCCUUUGCGUUGAAGUGAAGGAUUUAGCAUGAAGUUUGAUAUGCUAAAUAUCAAACUCCAUGAUAUGUUAGUGUGUUUGUCCAACAAACAUCAUACAUCACUCUAAACGUAGACAUUAUUACAGCCUGCCACAUAGCAGCUGUGCAGUAAAUGCAAAUUGCUCUUUGCAGAAUCUAAACAGUACCUGGCAGAGCCUUGUCAACUGAACACUUGCUCAGUUUUUCUUUGUAUAAAUCUUACUAAUGCAUGAGGACGUAAGGGGAAUGUUGUUUGCACCAACAACAUGGUUCAUCUCAACUUCACCCUAUCCACAGCUUGAAUUGUUUUAAGUUAAAGUAUUACAGAGCAACAUGUGAAACACUAACAAAACAAAAACCAGACCCUAAGCCAUUUGGUUCAGCUUGAAAUAUUAUCGUCACGUUAAUUAUGAUUUGCUGCCUCUCUGCACUUUAGCUGCAGAACCUUGCAGCUAAAGUGCAGAGGUUCUGUCUUUUCUCUUGUCUACAGCUUCCUUCCUGCAAACCUGCAGCUGUUCAGUUAAGCUCAUUUCAAUAGGUGUGUUUGCACACUGAUCAAGUUAACAGGAAGGCAAUCGCUGCUGAGUUUCUGUUUGAGUUAACCUUAUCUCAAAAAAGGGACGUUUUCAAUGCAAGACAUUCGCCAGAGUGCUCGCACUGUUGCUUUUGUGUUUAGAGAAAGAUUAGGGCUGAUUAGAUUGGCCCGCGAGGCUGCCUACAUCAGCAUUUUUUAUUUGAGAAAACCUGGAACAACACCUGUUUUCUGGCAUAAGUCAUAAAGAUAUCUUUUUUUUUACCGAAAAAAACCCAAAAGCUAUAAAAUAUAAAUAAAACAUAUAUAAAAGUCAAAAAGGAAGCAACUUAAGAUUUUGCGAACAAAAAUAACUGCCUUUUUCAGUCUCUACCACUAGCAGAUCUGUUUACACUAAAGUACAAGAGUUGUUUUUUUUUUGUUUGUUUGUUUUUUUUCUAGAUUGCAGCUGUUGCAUUUUAGGGCAAAGAAGCAGUUAAAGGGCAAAUACCAUUUUUACAUAUUUCCCUUCUCAAUUGUCUUCAAUUCAUUUCAGUGCAUUUUUAUACCACCUGCUCACAACAAAUUUGGUCUCAAGGCUCUGUUCUUCUCUUUGCUUUUAAUAGUUAAUUUCAUUUCAAAAUUAAAAUAUAUAUAUAGGUGGGGGGAAAAAAGUGAAGAAACUGCAUCUGAAAGCUACAGAAGAGUAGUGUUGUUGAUACUUUUGGAGCACAGAACUGCUGCAUUAAUGCUUGCCAUAAUAUUCAUUCAAGACAAAAGUAGGAAAGUGUAGCUCUUUAGCUCAAAGCUCGCAAGCUAAAAAGUAAAGAUUUAUGUCAUACAAGUCGAAACCUCUUUACGUGGAUGAGGAGAACGCUGUUCGCUGCCGUAGAGUUCGCUCACAUUUCACGCGCUACAGUAAAAAUGCCGACUGCGUCGUUUUUCUGAGUCUCCGAAAAGUGCAAAUGCCUCCAUUCCACAUUUUUAUUUCAGGUCAGACAAAAAUAUUUCCUUCCGCGAUUGCCUUGAGAGAUUUCCACAAUGGUUGUGCCCGUUUUACUGAUCAUGACUCAAAAGGUCCUUUUUACGUUUCAGGAAAAUGUUUUGACAUUCCUGAUCCACUUUGGAAAAGAAUAGAAAACCCAUUUAAUGUUUGUCAUAGUUUUCAAUAUCUAAAAUGCAACAUUUGCCCUUUAAAGUCAGCAGUUCUCCUCGACUUGCUCCGGACCAUUGCACAACAUGCAGAGCACUUAACUGCACAUUCAUGUUGAGUGUUUGUUCUUGUUUACCUCGACUGACCGGUAAACCUUUAUGUAGUUUUUUUUGCUCCCAAGUGGCUCAGGCUCAACCUAAGAUGUUUUUAAACUAUGCAGUAAUAUUAACAGCUAAAUAUCAAACAUGGCGAAUUAUGUUUAAAAUACACCUUGUUUCUCUACACUAACAAACUUAAAAAUCCCAAGUACACGUUAAAUAAACUAUCUUUUUUAUUGUUUUUGUGAUGAUUAUCUUGUUAAAAUUCAUAAAUGACUGAUAAGGAAAAUUAAGGUUUUUAAAUAACAUAAAUAUAAUAAAAGAAAUAGUGCCUUUGAGAUUAUUAUAUGGUCACGUCUGUGUUAGUAUCAAAGAAUUUGUGAUUGAAGUUGAUGCAUAUUUGAUGCUUUUUAUAUCUUCACUAAUGUUUUAAGUAUUGAAUUAAGUCAAUUAAUCUGUAUGAUAAGCUACAAUGGAUCUUAUUUUCUACAAUGACCUGUAACUGUGUUAAAUUGUGUUUCUUUCUUAAUUAUGCGUACUGAGACAGUUAUUAUUUACACUACAAUGCACUGUUGUGCAAUGAUGCAUUAAUCAACGUUUAAUUUUUUUUCUGAAGGAGUAAACAUGUGAAUCAGGAAAGGACAUUUUAUGUUAAUAUAUCAAAGCUUUUCUUUAUUGUAUUUUUUCUGCAUUGAUUGUCAACAAGCCGUCCUGACCUCGUCCUCUUUAUUCAGCAAUUAUUACAAAAAUCAGCAGGUGCGUCGUCAUUUCAGGCAAAAAAAUUCAAAUGUACAAAACAAGGAUGUUGCUUCUGUUGGUACAAAAUCUAGAAGGUACUAAUUAUUAUGCUACAAAGUAGAUAAAGACAACUUUUUGAGUGUUUUAUACACAAAUAGGUAGAAAGCAGAAAUCUUCAAGUUAGUUCUUACAAACACUAUACAAAUUGUUGUUUUUUUUUACAACCUUUUACAGACUUCUGUAAAGCAGUGGCGAAGUAGAAAAAAUAAAGCUGAGUUGCACAACCAA